AUGUUUGCAAGUCGUUUUGAUCCUACCAAAGUUGUGGUAAAUACCACAGCUACGGAGGAUGUUUCUGCUAAAGAAGUGGUACUACCAUUAAAGCGUAAGAGAGAGGUUGUCAGGGAAGAUAGCAAAGAUGGGGAUGAGAGCGAGAGUGACAGUGAGAGCGAGAGCGAGAUUACGAGUGAGAGUGAAGAUUCCGAAGAUAAUGAAUCUUCUAGUGAAUCGGAAGCUGAUUCUGAAGCUGAUUCUGACAACGAUUCUGCUCAAGUCUCUGAAAAUCCAGAAAUUGAUACGGACAAAAAGCACAGUUCUAUUCUAAACAGGUUCCAGCAAACUCUAUCUCUUCAAAGUUCAUUGAAAACGUCUGAAAAGGUUGAUUCUGAAGCUGAGAAUGAAGAUGAAGAUGUUUCUAUGCAAGAUGUUCAUAGUUUGACACCAAUUCCUCAACCUGCAAAAGUUAGAGAUAACACUUUGAAACUUUUAGAUUCAUCUAUGUAUAAGUCGACUGCAUGGGAUUCGGCAACUAAGAUUAACUACGACAAUAGCAUGAUCAAACCAUUCGAAAGUUACAAAGAUGAAUUGGAUUCCCGUCUUUUGAAGAAUAUCAUCAACAACUUUUCUGAAAAUACUUUUCCAAUCCAGACUGUUUUAUUUGAUACCAUUCUACCAAUACUAAAUUCAUCAUUUCAAAUCAAUAAAACUCGUUUUACUAGACAAGUUGGUGAUAUCUUAGUCAAUGCUUCUACUGGUUCAGGUAAAACUUUAGCAUAUUCUGUCCCAUUAGUUCAAAUUUUAAGAAAUAGAACUGUCAACACAGUUAGAGCUGUUAUUUUAUUGCCAACGAAAAUUCUUAUACACCAGGUUUAUGAAUGUAUCUCAAAAUUAAGCCAAGGAACUAGUCUUAUUGUUUCAAUGUCUAAACUUGAGAACUCUUUAAAAGAAGAACAUUCUAAGUUCUUACAAAACUGCCCAGAUAUACUAAUCAUAACACCAGGUAGAUUGGUUGAUCAUCUACAAAUGAAGUCUUUCGAUCUAAAAAACCUCAAAUUUUUGGUUCUUGAUGAAGCAGAUAGAUUGUUGAAUCAGUCUUUCCAAAACUGGAAUAAGGUGCUCUUCCAACAUUUGAGUGCGGUUAAGCAGGAUAAACGCCCAGGAAAUAUUAUCAAGAUGAUCUUUUCUGCAACCCUAACUACUAACGCAGAAAAGUUAUACAACCUUCAUCUUCACAAUCCUAAGAUUUUCCUAACGGAUUCCGUUAAACUAUACACAAUGCCAAAGACAUUACAAGAACUCAACCUUAGAAUACCCACGGCCAAGAGUUUGUUCAAACCUCUUGUGUUGUUGAGAGUUAUUAACGAACUCAAAAAUUUGGACACCAUCAAAUCAAAUUCCAAAAUCUUGGUUUUCGUUAAGAGUAACGAAUCAUCCAUCAGAUUAACUAGCUUGCUUCAAGUCAUGCUAGAAGCGGGAUUGGCGGGCAGUGAUAACAUAUCUCUCGCUUCCAUUAACUCCAAUAACUCAAAAGGUACUAAUAAAAAGUUAAUUCAAGAGUUUGCUUCUUCCACGCAAUCUAAAUCAGUAUUGAUAUCUACGGAUGUGAUGGCUAGAGGUAUUGAUAUUAAUGAAAUUACACAUGUCAUUAAUUAUGACGUACCGAUCUCUUCCCAACAAUAUGUCCAUAGAUGUGGUAGAACUGCAAGAGCUACAACCGAAGGUAUUGCUAUCAACUUGUUGGUGGGUAAGGGUGAGUAUAAAUUCUGGUCCGAUCAUAUUGACUGCGAUCUAAGUCGUGAUGUGGAUGGAUACCAACCUGCUCCAUACAAGAAUGAUGAGGAAACGUUACAGUUACUAAAUUUGGAUGAACAACAAGAAGCUAAUUACAAGCAAUGCAUCAAGUCUCUACAACUCAAGAACAACGAUCAGUCCGACAGUAAAUAA